AAGACCAAAAAAAAAAAAUCGGCGUUAUCUUUUUUCUUUCUGCUAGGGUUUUGUUUCUAAUUUAUAGUGUCGCGCAUUCUUAUUGCAACGGCUGAAUUUUGAAUCAAUGGCACAAGUUCAGGUGAGCCCCAAUGCGAACGGUGAUUCCGCCGCCGCCGCUGCUUUUGUCCCGAACCAGUCAGUGAUGACGUCACUGUACGUUGGAGAUCUCGACCGCAACGUCAAGGAUCCGCAGCUCUACGAUCUCUUCAACCAGAUCGGCCAGGUCGUCUCCGCUCGCGUCUGCAGGGACUUGGCCACCCAGCAAUCCCUCGGUUACGGUUACGUCAAUUUCAGUAACCCUCAAGACGCGGCAAGAGCAUUGGAUGUGUUGAAUUUCACUCCGCUGAACAACAAACCGAUUAGGAUCAUGUAUUCUCAUCGGGACCCUAGCUCCCGCACUAGCGGCGCUGCUAAUAUAUUUAUCAAGAAUUUGGAUAAGUCGAUUGAUCAUAAGGCUCUGCAUGAUACUUUUUCCUCUUUUGGGACUAUUCUUUCUUGCAAGAUAGCCACAGAUCCUUCUGGCCAGUCAAAAGGAUUUGGCUUUGUGCAAUUUGAGAAGGAAGAGUCUGCUCAAAAUGCCAUUGACAAGUUGAAUGGAAUGCUGAUAAAUGAUAAACAGGUUUACGUGGGGCAUUUUCAAAGAAAGCAGGAUAGAGAGAGUGUCUUAAGCGCCAAUACAAAAUUUAGUAAUGUGUAUGUAAAGAACCUGUCAGAGUCCAUGUCGGAUGAUAACUUGAAGAAAAUUUUUGGGGAGUAUGGGACAAUUACUAGUGCUGUAGUGAUGAGAGAUUUAGACGGUAAAUCGAAAUGUUUUGGUUUUGUCAAUUUUGAAAAUGCUGAUGAUGCUGCUAAAGCUGUUGAGGCACUCAAUGGAAAGAAAUUUGAUGAUAAGGAGUGGUACGUUGGGAAAGCCCAGAAGAAAUCCGAAAGGGAGCUUGCCCUGAAGGAGCGAUUUGAGCAGAGUAUGAAGGAAGCUGCUGACAAAUAUCAAGGUGCUAACUUGUAUCUCAAGAACUUGGAUGAUAGCAUCGAUGAUGUAAAGCUCAGGGAACUCUUCUCAGAUUUUGGUACAAUAACUUCAUGCAAGGUUAUGCGUGAUCCACAUGGAGUCAGUAGAGGGUCUGGGUUUGUUGCAUUUUCAUCUCCUGAGGAAGCUACUCGAGCUCUCGGAGAAAUGAAAGGGAAAUUGAUUUCUGGCAAACCUCUCUAUGUUGCCCUUGCACAGAGAAAAGAAGAAAGAAGAGCCAAGUUGCAGGCCCAGUUUUCUCAAAUGACGCACGUAUCAAUGGCUCCUUCUGUUGCACCUCAUCUCCCGCUCUAUCCUCCAAGGGCCAUGGGUCUUGGACAUCCAUUUUUGUAUGGGCAAGCACCUCCAGCUGUCCUUCCUCAAGCUGGAUUUGGUUAUCAGCAGCAACUUGUGCCUGGGAUGAGGCCAGGGGCUCCAAUGCCAAGUUUCUUUGUUUGUCCGUCGAGGAACAGGUCCUGUGCAACAACCACAGCAGCCAGUGCCGAUGAUGCAGCAGCAGAUGCUUCCAAGGGGACGUGGCCAUCGUUAUCCAGGUGGUCGCAACAUGCAGGAGGUUCCAAUGCUUGCAGUCAACUAUGACAUGGGAGCUCUGCCCAUCCGGGAUGCGAUGGGACAACCAAUGCCCAUUCAGGCCUUGGCUACUGCCCUUGCAAAUGCUCCUCCAGGACAGCAGAGGACUAUGCUUGGUGAAGCUUUAUACCCACUUGUUGAUAAGCUGGAACAUGAUGCUGCAGCAAAGGUUACAGGCAUGCUUUUGGAGAUGGACCAGCCUGAAGUGUUGCAUCUGAUUGAGUCACCCGAUGCUCUCAAGGCGAAAGUUGCCGAGGCCAUGGACGUGUUGAAAAAUGUUGCUCAGCAGCAAACCAAUGCCCCAGCUGAUCAACUCGCCUCCCUCUCUCUCAAUGAGAAUCUUGUCUCUUAGAUAUGCAACGUUGUCCGUUCAGCAGCUCACAUGAUCGUAGAACUUCACAGUUUUGUGUCCGGUUUCUUGUAGGAUUUAGCAGCACUCGUUGGAUUAGUUUUUGAAUUUACUUGUUUUAUUUCUUCGUUGGCUGGUUGAGAUUUUGAUGGCGGCAUUUUUUUAUUCCCUUUAAAAUUUUGGUAUUUAUAUCCCGUUAAUUUGAAUUAUGAUGGUUGGUUCUUGAACUUUUA